AUGCGCUCGCCCAAAGGGUGCCAUGCAGCCCGUUUGGCCGAUUCUGUCGAGCGUGAUGCCGUAUAUUCGCUGUGUCACGAGUUAGCGCCUACCGUCAUCGUGUAUUCCAUGCUCUAUCAGGCGCGGCACGGGAAUGUCUGUGUUUUGAGCGACGAGCUCGAGAGCCUUGGCCUCGUUGGUGAUGCGCUCGUGAUUCCUGAUGUCGAGUUCGUCUCGUCAGAAAGCUUGAAUGAUACUUGUUCAGAUAGUCCCAGAGCUCGCUUAUCAAGAUGGGAUCUGCCAUACUGA